AUGCCCCAGAACGUGACUUCUACUAGAAGAGACUUUGGCUCAUUUCAUUCAUCAAAUGUGCAAGAACUUCUUGGAGAAAUGAAGACAGGAAACUAUGUUCCUCCUUCAUUUCCGUUUGACUUGCCUCAGUUUGGGAAUCAGAAUGGAAAAAACACCCCAUUGUUUGGAAAAGAGAUGAGGAUAAAACAUUUUCUUCUGGAGGAGGAAACAAUCUUCAUUAAUCACGGUGCUUUUGGCAGUAGCUUGAAAGAUGCUCUGGAAGUUGCACAGAAAUGGCAGGUGUAUAUUGAACGACAGCCACUACGGUUUUAUGACAGAGAACUGCUUCCUCAUCUGGUCUUUGUCACCAAACGAUUAGCUAAGUUUGUAGGAUGCUCCCCCACUGAUUUAGUCCUGGUAUCUAAUGUUACCAUGGCAAUGAACUGUGUGGUACGAAGUCUGGAUUUGAAGAAGGGAGACACUGUAUUCAUGCUCAGUGUGACUUAUGGUGCUGUGAAGAAACUUCUUAAACAGGUUUGUGAAGAACGAGGGGCUAAAUUGCAAGAAGAAAAUCUGGAGUUUCCACUACUAGGACCAAGCCAGAUUAUCACCAAAGUGAAGGAAUGUUUGCAGCCAGGGACAAAGUUAGCUGUGUUUGACCACAUUCCAAGUAAUGCUCCGUUUAUAAAUCCAUUACCAGAAAUCAUCGACAUUUGCCACCAAAGGGGCACAAAAGUGCUAAUUGAUGGAGCCCAUGCACUUGGUGUAUUGGACCUGGAACUCAGGUCCUUAGGUGCUGAUUACUAUACAUCCAAUUGCCAUAAAUGGUUCUGCAGUACAAAAGGUUGUGCUUUCUUGUAUGUGAUGCCACAACUCCAGAACAGUUUACGCCCAUUGGUGAUUUCACACGGCUUUGGCUAUGGGUUCAGCUCAGAGUAUAUUUGGACAGGUUUAAAAGACUACAGCUCUUUCCUAGCACUUCACACAGUGCUGGAUUUCUGGGAGUCAGUUGGCUUGCAGAAAAUUCGAGGAUACAUCCAAGACCUUAUGUCACAAGCUGUGAAUUUACUGGUGGGCCAGUGGAAAACAAGGCUGCUCGCCCCCAGAGAGAUGUUUGGCUCCAUGGCAUGUGUUCAACUCCCGGAAUGCCUCUUUCAAGAUGGAUCUGCAAAUUAUGAGCAAGGAGAGAUUAUCCAGAAUGCUCUUUACAGACAGUAUGACAUUGAGGUGCCAAUCAAGGCUUUGGGAGGAAAGCUGUACGUUCGGAUCUCUACGCACAUCUACAAUGAACUGAACCAAUACCAGAAACUGGCUGAUUCUAUUGAAGAAAUAGCGCUGCAGAAUAAGUCUCUCCCCUCACCUACACCUUGUAGACAGAGCAGUUGCAGUUUUCCAUGAUGAUAGUGUCCAGAAAUAGUAAUCAGAUAUUUUUCCUUGCCGCAUUGGUAAACAGUUCCUGUUACAUUUCUGAUACUAAUAGUAAGAAGUUACCACUGGAAGCACCAGCUCAGAGGCAGGUUUGCAUUAUUACCAUGAACAGAAACGGCGUAUAUAAAGUUGUCCAAAAAUCCCAGUAGGUCUUUAAAAACAGCAA